ACAGGGCAACUCCUUCCUGCUUAGACAGACGGCCCUCAACAUCAUCGAAACUCAACAAGUGCUUUCCCAGCAGUGCAGCAUGCCCUCCACGCUCAACAGAUACUUGCUGCUGGCUGCUCUGCUGCAGGGCAUCCUGGGAGCUCCGGCUGAUGUUGCACCUACAGAAAACUUGGCAGGUGACCCUUCAGGUGAAGAGGGGGAGCUGACUUCUGACCUUCUGAGCGCCUCCGGGAUCUGGGAGCGAAUCCUUAGUCUGACUGACAAUCACCCAAAGGAGUUUGAAGCUGAAUUUCAAAACCAGGUGAAAUAUCACAUGCUGGAGGACUACAACAUUUCCUCACUUCCAGAAAGCUGCUCCUACUACAACUUAAGCAAGGAGGCUUGUCUCCAAAAGUUGGCCCGGGGUCUGUUUAUUUACAAAGCUCUCCUCAAGCACGUGGAGAAGGAGUAUCCCAGCAACUCCAAAAUCUUGGACGCCAGAUUAAAUUGCGGUCGGCUGAUCGCCCUCAUCAAAGAAAACAUGAAGCACCCUGAACGUGUCACAGAGCUAACCAGCACCAAGGAGGAGCAGCUUUUGAAGGAAAUCAACAGCCCAUAUACUUUUCAGAGAAGGAUGACGGCACACAGCAUCCUGUUCGAGCUCCGCAACUUCCUCCUCAAAGGCAAAAGGGCGAUCAAAAAAAAGGAAAAGGCCAAAGGAAGCAUGGAACACUGAAACUCAUAACUGAAAGUGUGGAGAGUCAGUUAUGAUGGAAUACCUCAGGGAAACUGGGUCAUUUUAACACUUCUGUUUUUUGUUUUUACUUUUAAUGGAGAAAGUCAUAAAAGUGCACUUAGUGUACAUACUGUGUUUCUUAGGAUUGUAAAGGCCUCAGGGCUGGAAUCGCCCGCUAUUGCACAACUUAUUUAACCUAUUUAAACUUGGUGAAAGUGUUAUUUAUUGGUCAGAGAAAGCCCCAGAAUUUGGUUUUCUACCCGAAAGAUGCUUUUUCUACUUGAUUGUUAUCAGUAUUUUAAACUUGUACUUCUGAAUUGUGACAGAAUUUUACUAUAAAAAAUACAGUGACAAGAAGACAUUAUGCCAGGGAAAUUGGGCAACUGCCAAUUUCCCAGUAGAGAACUGUAAUUUGUUGAGAAUAAAGUACCGUGAAACAUUUUGGGACAGCAUAACUUUAAAAAAAAAGGAUUGUGUCACCUGUUUUUGUAAACUGUGCUUUUACACUGAAAGUACUGUUGGCUGCUAUUCAUUUACAUCUAUCAUUAUUAUUUAAGUGAAUCUGCUGUUUGUGUGAUUUUGAUGCACUGAGCUUUUUGUAACAAUCUGAACACGAGA